UCCCCUUUUCUUCUUCACUCUAUUCCUCUCUCUGCAACUCCCACAUGCAAGCAAAUCCCAAAACCCGGCUGCUCCGUACGAUCUCUGUCGCGAAAAUAGCAAGGAAAACAAUAAGUACGACAACUGACAGCGCGAGAGUGGUCGAGCAGGAUUGUUUAGCUCUCCUGCAAUCCUGUGGCGGUCUUUCAGAGCUGACCCGACUCCAUGCCCAUAUCCUCAAAUCGGGUCUACAUAACAACCGACUUGUCCUCACCAAAUUCGCAUCGACAUCGUCUCUCCUGAACGCCAUUGACUACGCUUACUGCUAUCUUUUCUCACCAGAGGCUGAUUCUAGCCACUAUGAUACUUUCCUUUUCAAUACAAUCAUCCGAGCUUAUGCGCAAAGCUCGGAAGCGAAGUUCAAAGCAAUUUUUCUGUAUAAUUUUAUGCUUGGUUGUGGACUUUUGCCCAAUAAAUACACGUACCCUUUUGUACUCAAGGCUUGUGCUGGCAUUGGGAAGCUGAAUUUGGGGAAAUCGGUUCAUGGGUCAGUGUUGAAAUUCGGGUUUGAUGACGAUGUCCAUGUAUUGAACACUAUGGUGCAUAUGUAUUGUUGCUGCGAUAGUGGGAUUGGAUUUGCUCGGAAUGUGUUCGAUGAAAUGCCGAAGUUGGAUUCUGUUUCGUGGAGUGUGAUGAUUGGUGGUUAUGUUCGACUGAGACAGUCCAUAGAAGCAGUUGAGUUGUUUAGAAGAAUGCAAAUGGAGAGUGUUUGUCCGGAUGAAAUCACCGUGGUUCUGGUCGUCUCUGCGUCCACUGAUUUAGGUGCACUUGAGCUGGGGAAGUGGGUUGAAUCGUUUAUUGAGAAACAGAGGGUUAGAAAAUCUGUUGAGCUGCGCAAUGCACUUAUCGACAUGUAUGCGAAAUGUGGUGAUGUUGAUAGAGCUUUGAAAUUGUUCAGAGCCAUGAACGAGAGAACUAUUGUUUCAUGGACUUCUGUGAUUGUGGGUCUGGCAAUGCAUGGUCGUGGGUUGGAGGCUGUUUCUCUGUUUGAGGAGAUGAUAGGAGAAGGGGUGGAACCAGAUGAUGUUGCUUUUUAUUGGUAUGUAACUCUUAGUUAUGUAGUAGGUAUAGUGGUAGAAGUUAUGAACUGA